AUUAUGAAUGCUUUAGUGAAGAUACACAGAGCUAUAGCGGUGCAGUGGCGCGCGUCUACGUUGCGUGGAUUAAAUAAAUAUCGUCUGCUCCUCCGUUCAACACAGUGCACGUAGCCGAAGCUUCGCUCUCCAGGGUUAGAAAAGUGUCUUCCUAGACCAUUUUAAAGCAUCACGCUGUCAUUGGAGACCAAACAGGGACCACAAGAAGAAAAUAGUCCGCCAUGCCUUCUUAUAAGUUGAUGUACUGGAACAGCCGAGGUCGAGCAGAGUCGGCUCGGAUGCUUUUUACCUUGGCGGGAGUCGCGUUCGAAGAUUACAGGUUCAAGGAAGGAGAGUGGCCAGAACUGAAAGGCAAAAAAGAACUGUUUCCUCUUGGUCAAGCUCCCUCGUUGAUCAUUGACGGCAAGGCCCUGCCCCACAGCAAGGCUAUCAACAGACAUCUUGCUCGGGAAUUCAAGCUGUACGGAGACGACAACGAACAGAGGAGGCAAGUCGACGUCAUCUGCGAGACCGUUGACGACAUCGUCUCGAAGAUCAUUCCCAUUCACAUGGAGAAGGAUGAAGCCAAGAAGAAAGAGAUGUUGGGAGAGUUGAACGAGAAAGCGAAGCCAUUUCUCACCUUUCUCAGUGAUAAUGUUGGCGAAAGAUUUUUCGUUGGAAAUAAGGAGACACUCGCUGACGUCAUUGUCUUCUGGUUGAUGGACUUUCUUUUACCCAUGGUUCCAUCGGUGCCGACCGAUUAUCCUCGGCUGGGGAAGUUCUACAAUGGCAUCAAGGACAACUCCAAACUCUCAGAAUACCUUAAAAAUCGUCCAGUCACACAGAAUUAGCCCAUACGUAGGAUUUUGUGCUGGAUGACACUUAGCCCAUACAUAGGAUUUUGUGCUGGAUGACACUCUACUUUGUUCUUUGUUUCACGGAAUACCUUGAAAAAAAAUAACGCGACAAUACCCCCCCCCCCCCGUCACACAAAAUUACGGAACUAUGUUUUUCUUUCAAUCUAAUUGCCUUAUGCUGUAAAGAAUUUUAUGCCGGGUGUAUCUAUUUUUUUCACUGAAUAUCUUGAAAGCCGCCCCGUUACACAAAAUUAGCAUGGGAUUUUGGAAAUGCCACUCCUUCGUUGGGCCUAUGCAACUCGUCUAUAUUUCAUGAAAAUAAAUUAAAGACUGCCCUGUCCCACGAAAUCAGACUCCGCUCUUGAUUAGCCUCUUGUCGAGGCCCUAUCGGCUGCUUUCCGAGCGAACAUGGAGAAGCAGAGCGCCGCGAGACAGGCUCGCUCCAGGCCUAAUUCGCUUCGCUCGGGAAGCAGCCACCCGGUCCUCGACAAGAGGCUACUCUUGAUGGGAUCGGGAGUCAACUCUUAAAGGUUUCAGUCAGCAUGGUCAGAGAAUAUCUUAAGAGAACACCUUCAAACUCAUCCUCUCCGUAACAAAAAAUUAGCGCAUAUGAUAUUAGAAAUGAAAAUCAAUCCUUGGGAUCGGGGCAAAAAAAGUUUUCUGUGUUUAUAAAGCGGCCGGGAGCGGGCAGCUUUAACGAACUAGUUUUUACCUAUAUUCCGGUCAAAUUUUGAACUUUCGCUCCAUCAAAGUUCCCCAUCAAACAUGCAUCCAAACGAAGUGCAUAUAGCUUUGUCUUGUUGAACAAAAAUACAGACAAGCAUAAAUUGCAUUGUAGUAAAGAACAGGAUCCGAGGAACGGGGGGGGGGGGGGCUGGGGGACUCUAGACUUGUACAAAAACGUAAUAAACUACUUUCUGAUUGUGAUUUUCAUGUAGUCGCCAACCCCAACUGUAAAAAUUGUUCCGCGGCUCCUGGAGCAUUGUGGAACAGUAAAAUAUUUUUCGUUUUUGUGUUCAUAUUUGUAUUUAUGUGAUGUAAAAGCAGUUAUCACCCCUUUUUCUCUCUUUUUCUUCUAAUAUACUGAAAUCUAAAUGUGAUUAUGGUGUACAAAUUGAAGUUAAAACUACAGGAAAUCAGAUUCGGAAUUUGAAUUGAAUUUCCACAUGUCAGAAAAUAAACACGCUGUUUUCUUGUAUGUAAAAUUGGUUCAUGUUCCUCGAAAAAAACAACCUAUGGAGGUCUAAAGAAUUGAAGAGAAAAUCAUUAUUAAA